AUGGUCGUAACGCGAUCACAGACCAAAGCCCGCAAUGUAGCCACUCCACCCGCCUCUAUACCUAACCGUAAAGUCCGCAAGAGCCGUAAAAAUGUCCCGAACAAGACUGCCACAGUCUCUAUAAGAGUCACAAAGACCAGGACCAAGGCCAAGACUGAGAUUAAUCGAUCCAUCGCAUCAGUCGAACCCUCAUCCCACAUCCCACCCCGUCCACCCACUCGCCCAGAGUCACAGACAUCCUACGGCCUGAUCCAAGACUACCUCGCCAGUGUCGCGACCUCUCCCGAGCAGUGUGUAUAUACCGUCCUGAUCCAAUGCAUCCUCUGGAACCAGACCUCCGGCCGACAAGCCCGUCCCGUGCUCUCCGUCCUCCUCACUCUUUACCCGACCCCAGCCGACCUAGCCACGGCCAACCUAACCUCCCUGACCGCGAUGCUGCAGCCCCUCGGCCUGCACAACAUCCGCGCCGCGCGCCUUCUCGCCUUUGCAAAGGCCUGGCUCGCCGCGCCGCCGUGCGCAGAGCGACGGUAUCGGAAACUGCACUACCCGCUCAAGGGCAGCGGGACGGAUAUCAAGGCGGCCGAAGUUAUAGGCCCAGAGGAUCAGAGGGAGGGCUGGGAGGUGGCGCAUUUGCCGGGCGUGGGGGCUUAUGCACUGGAUAGUUAUCGAUUGGUUUGUAGGGAUUGGUUGAGGGGCAUGGGGAGAGAGGGAGCCGGGGAAAAAAGGGAGGAGUGGGAGCCGGAGUGGAUGAGGAUUGAGGGGGACAAAGGAAGGGUUGUGCCGCUCGAUAAGGAUUUGAGGAAGGCGCUGGUGUGGAGGUGGGGGAAGGAAGGCUGGGUGUGGGAUCCGGUUACGGGGAGGAAGAGGAGGGUCCAAGAAGAGGGUGGGGCAGAGGAGGUUUUGGAAGGCGACGAAAUGGGACUAGAUCAGUAG